GCGUUCUUCUUCUUCACUGCUAUUAACUUUUUUCACUUAUGGAUCCUUCCGCUGCUGCUACAUCGACCGGCCCAACGAGGGUGUCUACCCGUACACGCAAACCGACAAUCGUCAAUACCAAUACUGCUGAACAGCCAAAGCCCGCCAAACGCGCGCCAAAGAAACCACGCGUGAAUAAGCGAUCAUACGAAUACUUGGUGCAAAAUCCCGAUAGUCUUCUCAUCGAAGCAGAUAUGAAGAAAAUACUCCCAGAAGUAUUUGACUUGUUGCCACAAGAAGACAAGGAUGAACUAUGCGCUCUUUUACCCCCGUGUGAUCGUGCCUACCGCGACCCAAUGAAUAAUAUUAUUGAGCCGAAGAAUCUCGAAGAAGCGAUCAGACUUGGAAUGAAUGAACAGCUGACCUUGACCAUAUCACCAUCCUUCCUGAAACCGGCACGUAUGGCCUUUUGGUAUGCCAUGGAAGGUUGGCAAGAAAUGUUGGCGGCAGGCAAUUUUAUGCCUAUAGAUCCGGCGUUAUGUGAAGAAAUCAAAGACGAAGAUUUACCAUGGAAGGAUGAUGAAUUUGAACUGUAUUGGGGCGAACGUUUGGAACGAGAUAAAAAGCUCAAGCGCAAAUCUGCAAAAAAGGCCAAGUAGAAAGACAUCAUGGUGUGCCAAAAAACCGAAACAAUCGCUUGUUGAACCAAUCUAGAACAUAUUUUUUUCAGCUCCUGCACAUGUCAUACAUUAUAUCCCAUCAUUUCUCUUCAGCAUAUUCCUACCCUUUGGUUGUUUUCCCGCCGCGGUUUCCCCCAUCCCUCUUUCUUUUUCUCCUCAUUGUCUGGUUUAUAACACACACAUACACACCCCGCUCCCAAUCGGAAAUGCAUGACUAAAAGAAACAAACGCUUGAUACAAAGAUAUGACAACAGAAUCCAUCAUCGAGGGAAAA